CUAACCUCGCCUUACUCUAUUUUCAGUGUUCAAACGCAUCCAACUGUUCAAACAAUCCGCCCAGGAAGGGGUGGACAACUUCAUCUUUCCCAUUCCGGACUGUGAUACCAUCGAACGGCUGGAGGUGUCCGUCCGGAUGUUUCCCAACAUCCGGAAGCAAUACGUCGAACACCUUCGCCGCGUUAAAGAUCAAACCAAGGAAGUGGUGAAGGCAUUUCCGGUUCUGUUCUCCGAUACGGCGCUGGAGAUGUACAACUACAUGGGGACUGGCCGGAAGGAGCGUCGGGCCAUGCGGGACUACCACAUCUUCCACGACUGUAUGCUAGAGGCAUGGUCUGAGGACGGCGUGAACGAACUGGUGCUGGCGGAGAGCAUCAACAUCGUCAUCAAGCGGGCCGACGGUCGGAAGCGGGCCAAGCUGUUCAACUUCCGGCGGCGCAUCUUCCAGAACGUUGGCACCAUCUUCUCGAGCCUGGGUCCGGAUCCGCAGCUGUAACGAGAGCCGCGACAACGAAGCGAUAAAGUGCAACGCAAUAUUUAUUUUUAGGACUAUAACAACAAUCAUAUUUAUUUAUUCAGCAAAUGCAAUGUUAGGUUAUGCACCCUAAUCCCAGUUUAGGCAUUAUUUAUUCCAGGUGCAAAACUGCGCUGCCGACUGUAUAAUCUAGUACUGCAGACGUUAAAAACAAAAUGUUCCAUUUUAA